GUUGGGAACGCGAUGGGAAACUCCGCUCUUUUGCCGUGAAAAUUCAGCGUCCCAUAGACCUGGACCCUACAGAUCAUAGCCGGUGUUCAUUCAACAACCUACCAAAACCGCGAAGUGCCAUGCGGCAAUACUGAACCUCAAAAUGCCCCGUCGUGCCGCUUCCCCAGCUGCUUCUGAGCACGAAAUCGAUAUCCUCGGCUCUAUUUUCGCAAACGACAACGAUACCGAAGUCAAGGCCAAAGCGAAGAAGCGGACUGGUGGACAUGACGAGAUCGAUCUUGAUAUCGACGCACUGCUCAACGGUGCCGAAGAUGGCGGCGAUGGUGACGAUGAAGCGCUCAUUGCGCUGCAGCAGGCUGCGUCCUUUCGCAAGACGACCAACUUGAAAGGAAAGACGGGCAAGAAGUCGGGCGGAUUCCAAGCCAUGGGCCUAAACCCAAGUCUUCUCCAAGCGAUUACUAGGAAAGGAUUUGCAGUCCCAACCCCUAUCCAGCGCAAGUCCAUACCCUUGAUUCUUGACCGGCGCGAUGUGGUAGGAAUGGCUCGAACCGGUUCCGGAAAGACGGCUGCCUUCGUUAUCCCAAUGAUUGAGCGCCUUAGGGCUCACAGUGCGCGGGUCGGUGCCAGAGCCCUGAUCAUGUCCCCUUCUCGAGAGCUGGCACUGCAGACCCUCAAAGUCGUCAAGGAGUUCGGCAAGGGUACCGACCUGAAGACUGUGUUGCUUGUUGGUGGUGACAGCCUGGAAGACCAGUUUGGUUUUAUGACCACCAACCCGGAUAUCAUCAUCGCUACCCCUGGUCGAUUUCUUCAUCUCAAGGUCGAGAUGUCGCUCGACCUUUCUUCGAUCAAAUACGUCGUUUUUGACGAGGCCGAUCGACUAUUCGAAAUGGGUUUCGCAACCCAACUCACAGAGAUCCUGCAUUCUUUGCCUCCCUCUCGCCAAACUCUACUCUUUUCCGCCACCUUGCCGAGGUCGCUUGUCGAGUUUGCCAGGGCCGGCCUUCAAGACCCCAGUUUGGUGCGUCUCGAUGCAGAGACUAAGAUCUCGCCAGAUCUCGAGAGUGCAUUCUUCUCAGUGAAAGGCGCAGAGAAAGAGGGUGCGCUUCUUCACAUAUUGCAGGAUGUUAUCAAGAUGCCGACGGGAACACCAGAAGGGUUUAAAGAGGAUAAGGAUGAGGGCUCCAAGAAGAGGAAGCGAGGUCCCGAUCGUCCCAACGCAAAGGAGAAGCCGACGGAGCAUUCGACCAUUAUUUUCACAGCAACAAAGUUCCAUGUCGAGUACCUUACCUCAAUACUCGUCCAGGCCGGCUACGCCGUUUCCCAUGCUUAUGGUGCGCUGGACCAAACCGCACGAAAGAUCCAGGUCGAAGAUUUCCGGAGAGGCAAGACGAACAUAUUAGUGGUCACGGACGUUGCCGCUCGAGGUAUCGAUAUCCCUGUUCUCGCAAACGUUAUCAACUAUGACUUCUGCGAUCAGCCCAAGGUCUUUGUACACCGUGUUGGAAGAACGGCCCGUGCAGGGCAGAAGGGAUGGAGUUACAGCUUGGUGUCUGAUAUCGAUGCCCCAUACCUGCUGGAUCUACAGCUCUUCUUGGGAAGGAGACUUGUGGUGGGCCAGGACACUUCGGCAGGUGCAAACUUCGCGUCAGACGUUGUUCUGGGAGCGUUGCAACGGAAUUCAAUCGAAACGAAUGUCGAGUGGGUGGAAAAAGUGGUACAGGAGUCACACGAUAUUGCCUUGAUGCGGAGCGUGGUCGUCAAAGCUCAGAAGCAAUACUUGCGUACUCGGGUCUCGGCAUCAAGCCAAAGUGCAAAGAGGGCAAGAGAGCUGACGGCAUCCAGAGCAUGGUCACAGCCUCAUCUGAUUUUUGGUAUAAACACCGACGACACCGAAGCACUCCGCGUGGAAAUGCUUGCCAAGAUCAGCGGCUUCAAGCCUCAGGAGACGGUGUUUGAGAUUGGCCAUGGAGGAAAAGGCACAAUAUCUGAGGCCGUCGAGGUUAUGAAGCAGUUGAGGAAAAGAGCGCCCGUAAGGAAAUCCAAAACCGACAAGGACGCCGAUGAUGAGGACGAAGAUGUGCCGGUCAUAAAGCGCGCAAAGUCGGAUGAGAGCAGUGACGAGGACGCAUCAUUUGACGAGGACGACUUUGUUGCUGUAAACGACGAUUCCGAUGAGGAGCUCGAGGUGACAGUUUCCAACAAUGCCGACUCGGCAAAGAAUGCUUCUGCAUGGAGAGAUUCGGAGCAUUUCAUGACCUACACCCCUCGUCAAUCCAACGUGGCAGAGGAGCGUGGUUAUGGUGUAAAUGCCGGAUCCAAUGGGGCCAACUUCCUGGAGGCCGCGCGCGACGUAGCAAUGGACAUCGCCAACGACGAAAAGUCAACUUCGUUUGGCGCACCCACCCGGACGACGAUGCGAUGGGACAAAAAGAACGCCAAGUACGUGUCUCGCGCACACGACGAGGACGGCAGCCGCGGCAACACCAAGAUGAUUCGCGGAGAGAGCGGUGUCAAGAUUGCCGCCAGCUUCAAGAGCGGUCGUUUCGAUAGGUGGCGCAAGGACAACCGUCUGGGCAAGCUGCCUGGCGUCGGUGAAGCUGAGACAGGGCUUCCCAGAGGCAUGGGCGGUGGUGGUUUCGGUGGAGGUGGUCGUCGUUUCAACCACAAGCGUGAGGAUGCGCCGAAGGAGGCCGACAAAUUCCGUGAUGACUACCACGUGCGGAAGAAGCGCGUCGCUGAGGCCAAAGAAAAGAGAAUUGGCAAGUUCAGGGAUGGUGAGGGCAGCAAGCGUGAGAUCAAGAACAAUGAUGAUAUUCGCAAGGCACGCAAGAUCAAAGAGCUCAAGAUGCGGAAGAACGCACGUCCAGCAAGGAAAAAGAAGAAUUAGUUACUGCAGAUACAUACUAUGAACUCAGCCACACCAAGUAAUUUCAGCAACAAAAAUGUGCUAUUUGAUG